UUAAAUGUCCUCCUAGCCUACAAUUACAUGUAAUUGUUAAUAGUUUUGUGUACGUUUGACUGCGAAAAUCAAGGAAUUAAAUAGACGUUCGUUCAGUCUCUCCCUCCUUUCCUCCCUCCCUCCUUACCUACCUACCUAUUUACCUACUUGCUCACCAAAGAUAAAUCAUGAACGCUCAAAAGCUUAUUUGUAAUAGGGUCCUUUGAUGCACGAGUGUUUUCGCUGGUACAGGUACCUAUGUACAGGUAGUCAAGGAGUGCGUUGGAUUUUCUAGAUAUGGAAACUGGAGUUUUUCUUUAUGUUGCAUCAUAACAUUUUGAAAUUGAUAUAUAUAAAUGAUAGAAACAUACAAAAAGUUACUAAUUCUCAUAUAAUGAUUGAAAAUAUUAAAAAAAAAAAUUGUUAAAAUAUUUGAAAUGUAAAAUAAAUAUGAUGCAACUAAUUUAGUCUUGGUAAUUCCCAAAACUCGCUAGAAACAACAGUAUUUUGAUAUUUCCACCAAUCUACGAUGUACCGGUUAGAGAAGAUCUGAUUUUAAUCAGAUUGAUAUUUCCACUAGGAAACACUGGGGAUCCUCAAGUUUACGCGGGAGACUUUGCUUUAUAAAAUUAACAUAUGUGUGUAGCGCCUUUUAUAAAGAAAAAUACAUGUGAGUCAUGCAACAAUAUGUCAAAAUGUGAACAAACAGUUAUCUCCGGGAAUUUAAUUCAAGCGUCUUUGAAAGAUAAUUCGCUAGUAAAAUUAAAAUCAAUUUCAGUUCUAAAUUUAAAAUACCAGACCACCUCCGUAAGCAAUAAGCAGUCGCACACGAGAUCACAAUGUUUGCUUAGGUAAAGGGCUACCUUUGGAAUACAUUGCUUUUCAAUUAUCAUUUGCUGGCUUGAUGAAUUUGUUUUUAAAGCCGUCUGAUAACCAGAAACCCCCGCACGCGCUAUACAGACGUUUCCGAUCAAAACUAUCAUAAUUAUAUUAGCGUCAAAAUAAUACAAGCCACGUGCACUUUCCGCCGCUGCACAGGCGAACCACUGAUAGGAGAAUGCAGUGACCGUUCUGUGAAAUUGGACAAUUUUACACCUUUUUUCCAGUAUAUAUAUGUGCCGUAAAAUUGUAAAAGUGGUGCGGAUAAUUGCCCUCAUUCUUCUCUGAUAGGAAGCCUCAAGACUGUGGAAUUUUCUCCAAUGUGAAAUUUGUUGAAAAUUUUGAGCGAUGGAAUUGACGUUUAAAGGUUUGAAUUUGAUCUGUUUCGUAAUUUGGAAUUUUGUGGUAUGUUUUUCCGCGAAAAGUGUGAAUGAUAUCCGUGUGUCUAAAGGAAAAACCAGGUGGUUGGCAGAUGAGCUUAAUUACGAUGACGAUGAUUACAAUGACGACAAACCUCAGAACCUUGCACUGAGUGAUGACGUCGAUGAAUGCGGCCCCGUUCCAGAUAUUGUUCUGACCGGGUUCUGCAAGAAGAGGGUUUGUUCCAGCCAUGACGACUGCCGGAAGAAAAAUCACCGCUGUUGUUUCAAUGGAUGUGUUAAAACGUGCAGGAGACAACCCAACCCCCCUCCCUUUAUUGACUGGAUUAGAGAACCCAGAAGCAGAGUGGUUUCCGGUGUUUCCUGGUUAAUUAACGGUCCCUCAAACAACAACGAACUCCAAACAUGCACGACAUCUCGAUUUGGGAAAAACGAAGAUCCAUUGCUUUGCCCCCAUGGAUAUACAUGUCACGUGAUGAUCAAGGGCAACAGAAAGAAAAGAAUCCAAAACAGGGGAUACUGCGUUCCGGAAAAGGAUAAUGCAGUUGUGCUUGACCAACAUAAGCAAAGCAAGAAAUCUUCACUCAAAGGAGAAUGUUUACUUGAUAAAUACAUUUUAGCGGAGGGCGCUUUCAUGUUGUUUGAUGGUAAAAAAUGCUUUUGCAAACAAGGGUUUCUGGAAUGCUUGGGAACGAAAGGAUGAAUAAAA